AUGUGGACUAUUGGACCAGUAGUGGCUAGCACCCUCGCGUGGAGGAACUCGACAACUGUCGCCCUUGUGAAGGAGUCCUUUAAGGAAGACCAUCACGCACACGAUAGCGAUCUCAGCCAGGAACAAGAUAAGGGGCAGGUGCGUAAUGUGCAACAUGCCAUUGACUACGAUUACGCAUAUCAUCCAGCUAAGCGGAAGCUAAUCAACAUAGAGGUGUCUAAUAAUGGACACCCUACAAACCUAACCAAGGACACCAUGGUGAGCAUUAUUACAACGACAGUCACUGAUACAGAGAAGCUCAGGAAGCUCAUGAUAGCCACCAAUACGUAG